AUGUUAAUUAUUCUAAUAUAUACAAUUGCUAAUUGCUUUUAAGCAGACAAUACAUAUGUUGCACAUAUUUUUGAUAAAGUCAUAGAGAACAAUUACACAAGAUAUCCUGAACUAUUUGCUGUUCAAAAUAUUUACGAUUCAGUCUCUAAAUAAAUAACACUAAAAAGUAAAAAGUUUUAGUUUCUAUAAUUAGAUGGUCGAAAAGUGAUUUGCUAAAUUCCUAUACCUUAGAUAACUAAGCCAUUUUAGAUAGAUAAAUUAACAAUAAUAAGAAACCUGACAGAUGAAGAAGUUAAUCAUAUACUUUUUCCAUUAGAAGAUUAAUGUGUAUAACAUUAUACUAAAGAAUUUGUCUAUGAAUAUUGUUUUAAAAAAUACAUACGUCAAUUUGAUGAUUUUAAAACCAUGCUCAAUAUGCGAAAAUAAGUAUAAGUUCAAUAAUAAUAAUGUAGUAUAAAGAAGAUUUCAGUCUUGGAAUUUCUAAAUCAUAUAUCAGAGCAACUGAUGAAUCUUAUGGUAUUCAUCAACCAGAUCAUGCUGUUUAUAUCAUAGAUACUAAUUAUCAUUAAAUAAUCAAGUAAGUGGAUUAACUUAUUAUAAUUUCUGAAUGUACUGCAAAAUUGAGAAAUUAUACUAAAGUAUUGUUAAAAAAUUAUGGAUAUAAACUAACUGUUAAUACAAUUUCAGCUACUUUUCAUUUUGAAAUUGCUCUUGUUAUUCAUAGUCAAUUAUUGUUACUCAAAUAAUGUUCAGAUUAAAAUAUAAUUUCUGAUUCUUUUGAAUUUGAAGCAUUUGAUGAAGUUCAAGAAAGGUUUCUAUCCAAUCAAUAUUAUUAAUAUAAAAAUAUCAUAUUUGGGUUAAAUCUUAGAGCAUAAGAGAUGUUUCAUCCUUAAUAAAGUCUUGGUGUUGUCUUUACUGAACAUAUUCAUAUUGUUUAAGUAGAAAAAAUUAUAGAUUUCUGUGCUAUUUUAGUUUCUGGAAAUGCAUUUAGAAAAAAGCCAAAACCUAUUUUUUAAAUCAAAAACUUAAUUUUGAUGGAUACUAAUGCUGUUUAUGUAGAAAUGAAAAGACCUAUUUCUAUUAUUGAGAAUAUUCUCUUUUUUGAAUGGGUAGACUAAAUGGAUAUUAAUGAUUAUGUAACAAUAUUUGAAAAUACUACUUCUGUUUUUAGUUAUGUAGAAACAUUCAAAAUCAUUGGUUAUUAAAAUGGAAUGGCAACUUUAGAUAAAUAAUUAACUAAAGGAUUACGAUAUAAUGGUAAAGCCUUUAUUAAAAGAAAUGGAUAAUUUAAUUAUGCAGAAAAUACAACUCUUUUUUCAAAUAAUUCUAAUGAUGUUCCAGAUGAAGAAUAUUUAGAUUUUCAUAAGAUUGAACAUGAUCAAAUCUAAGUCUAUUUAUUUAAUAAUUCUUUAUAAGGAUUUGAUAUAAAACAAGAAUAUUAAUAAUUCAAUGGGAUAACAUUUCAUCUUAGUCCCUUAAAAACAGCUUAAGCUCCUUCAUUAUUUAUUAACAUUAAAACUAAAAUGUAUGAAGAAACACAUAUUUCUUUCCUUACUAUUCCAUAAAAUACUAUUUUUAUAAAAAGUAAAAAUGGACCUUAUAAAUAAAUCGAACCAAGAUUCAUGAAUUCAUCCAUCUUGAAUUAACAAUAUUGGAUUGUUAUUGAUACAUAUAGCGAUAAAUUAUAUAUUGGAAAAGAUUACGAAAUUGAAUUAGUCAAUAAAAUGAUUGAUUUUCAAUUAAUAAGAAUAGCUAAUAUAACUUCUCCAAUUCAUUUUGAUUUCACUAAAAAAUCAAAUGAAGUUAAAGUUAUGGAUAUUAUGUUAUUGCCAUUAAAAAAUUUUCAAAAUUUUUAGAGUAAUUUCCUCAAUGGUACAUUUAAUCCUUUGAAUUAUACUGGAUAAGGUUAAGCUUAAUAUUUUGAAAGUUUUGAUUCAGGUAGCUAUUGCAAACCAACAAACUCUACGAGAAAGAGUAUUGUUCAAUUAUAAUGUUAUCCAGGAGAUUUAAUGAGAUUUCUAUCAAUAUUUGAAUCAGAAAUUUGCUAGUAUCAAAUUACUAUAGGUACAUAUCUCUUAUGUGAUAAAAAUUAAGAUAUUGUUGAACCCUCUGAAUAACAUAUUAUGUGUAUAUUAAAUUAAUGA